AUGCUUCUUCUCCACACUAUAUCCCCCAUCUUCCUUCUCACAGGACUGAUUUCCAGUACCGCAACCAAACCUCUUCAAAAUUCCACCAUCGUAGCUGGAUCAUGGACGGCGGUGGCUCCAAUAACCAUAGAGCCACGGCAAGAACACUCCAGUGUCAAAUUCGACAAUGACACCAUCUACAUUCUUGGAGGAACCUACCCACUCACCAACGGCGGCUAUCCAACCGUCACCACAGCCCAAAGAUACACCAUCUCAAGCGAUACCUGGGUCAUCGUCGCUGACUUGCCCAUGCCACUCAAUCAUGCCAACUCCGCAGUAGUAAAUGGGAAAAUCUACGUUCUCGGCGGUCUAACCACUACAAACGACACCUUUCUCUGGAACGCAACAAGAGCAUCUUUCGAAUACGAUCCCAAGGUCAAUAGAUGGACGAGAAUCUGUGACCUGCCAGCGGGUCGUGAAAUCGGCAGUGCUGCGGUUGCUGUCAGAGGCUCAACUAUAUAUCUUGCAGGCGGCCAGACGAACCUCAGCCUCAUCAUUGGCGCCGAGGGCACAAGCUCCCUCUUCACAUCCUACAACGUCAUAACCAAGCAGUUCUCCUUUUUGCCAGAUAUGCCGGAGCCGAGAGAUCACGCUGGUGUUGGUUUAGUCGCCGAAAAGCUGUACGUCCUGGGUGGUCGAGCUUACCAGCAGAAUAACACCAAAGAUACGGUUUUCUCCUACGACUUCGACAAGGGAAGCUGGAGCACAGGGCUAGCGAGUAUGCCUACGGGGCGCGCUGGGUGUUCUUCUGGUGUUAUUGGGCAGCAGAUCUUUACUUUUGGGGGAGAGGGGGAUCAGGUCACUACAACGGGUGUGUUUCCGCAGACUCAGGCGUAUGAUACAGUGACGGAUAGUUGGACGGAUUAUUUGAAUAUGGAUGUGCCAAGGCAUGGGACGGCUGGAGUUGCCAUUGGUAACAGGGUAUAUAUCGCUGGUGGUGGUGUGAUGUCGGGCCCGAGGCCGACGAAUUUUACGAGCUAUUUUCAGCUGUCAGCUGUGGAAACGUUGGGGAAGAGGUCUUCCGAUAGUUUCUGA